AUGUUGAGGCAAUACUUUUCGCUCCCCAGGGUGCUGCUCAAACGCAAGGUCUUCUACGCGGUUCUCUUGCUGCUGGUCAUCGGCUGCAUUUCGCAAAUUCCAAGGAGGCCAACGACGAGUCGACGGAGUAUGACUCCUGAAGAACCACAGAACACUACAGUUACAGCCGAUUCUGGCCUGAGCACGAGCAGUUCUGUUGGGGCUUACACCGCCGCCGACUUUGCCGCUCGUCCUCAUCUUUAUAGUGUAGCGGUCGAGGUCAAGGAGAAUCAAACCCUAGACGAGCUCGCAACCAUGGCU